GGUGGCAGCUGCAGUCGCAUCCAUUUUGUCAGUGUAGUAGUGGAGAUAUCGUGAUGGUGCUUGGAAAAGCUAUCUCUCUGAGGUGCUAGUGACUGUUAUUUGAUGUCGGUGUAAGAUAAACCAUGAAUGGAAGAGGGAUUACUAUCUCACCAAGCCAAACCAAGAAUGGACAAACGUCAGCUAGAACUUGAACAUGCCAGGAAUAGUCACUAAGCAGCGACAUCUGUUAUCAUCUCAACAUCUCAAUAAUCUCGGAAAUAGAAAUAUCAGAAAUGACCAGUAUGUGGUGACUCGGAGCCUGACAAGGGACUCGGCACCAACAUGGCUGAAGCUAGGGAGUCUGUGGCCCAGAACAGUGGCCCAGAUUCAGGCCCGAUGGAAAGGCAUGGGGCCGACCUGCCCCCGACAGACCCUAAGGAAAGGCAUGGGGCCGAAACAUUACUGCCCCCCGCAGACCUUAAGGAAAGGCAUGGGGCUGACACGUUACUUCCCCCAGCUGGCCCUUUGGGAAGGCAUGGAUCAGAGACCUUACUGCCGCCGACCGCAGCGGAAACAAGAGUCACAGCGUUCAAAAUGGCCGAUGAUGGUGACGAGAUGAGAGAGUGCGGCAUCGGCCAGUGGCGCCCCAAAUGUGUACAGGGGUUAGCUAAUAUCAAAAUGUUCAUCGUCGUCAUAUCUAUACUAUCCAUGAUCUCUAACAUGCUGUCUAGCGGCUAUCUCAACAGUGUCAUCACCACAAUAGAAAAACGAUUUGAGAUAGGCAGCUCAAUGGCGGGCUUUAUUGCUGCCUCGUACGAAUUUGGCUCCCUUGUUGCUGUGAUUUUCGUGAGUUAUCUCGGCGGACGCCGACACAUCCCACGCUGGCUAGGACUAGGAGUUGUCUUCAUGGGCAUCGGUGCCCUUCUCUUCGCACUACCACACGUUUUGGCACAAACUUACACUUUAAAAGGAAGACUAUCAAACUCAUCCUCCUCCGAGAAUAUUUGUAAACGCCACGACCUGUUUGAUGUCAACAAUAAUGAGAUUUGCGUCGGCGAGGAUUCAGGGAAUGGAGUAUAUGUGUUUAUUUUGAUUCUUGCGCAGACUUUGAUCGGCGUGGGUGGCACGCCCAUCUACACUCUAGGAACUACGUAUAUCGAUAAUCACGUGACAAGAGAGAAGGCACCGGGAUAUCUAGCCUUCAUGUACGCCACAGGCACCGUUGGUCCUAUCCUCGGCUUCUCCCUGGGGGCGCUGCUGUUGCAGUACUAUGUCGACACCUUCACCUUCGAUUACAAAGCACUCAAGUUGUCACCGAGUCAUCCGAUGUGGGUCGGAGCCUGGUGGGGAGGUUUCAUUAUUUGCGGCCUACUCCUCCUUGGUGUGUCGAUACCGUUCUUUGCUUUUCCAAAGUCGUUGAGGAGGGAGAAGGAAAAGUUGGCGAAAGCGCGAGGGCACCAUGAGGAGACGCUGACACACGAGGAUCUCAAUUGGAGGGCAAAUUAUGGCAAGACAGCUAAAGAUAUUCCUCUGUCGAUGCUGGCACUUCUAAAGAAUCCCAUCUAUCUGGUGACAUGCCUCGGUGUCUGCUGUGAGGCAUCCAUCAUUAGUGGAUUUGUCAUAUUUCUACCGAAAUACCUCGAGACACAGUUUGGAAUAUCGAAAUCAAUGGCAAAUCUAUUGACAGGAGUGAUAGGCAUCCCUGGCGCGUGUGUUGGCAUCCUAAUCGGUGGUUAUAUUCUCAACCGCUUCAACCUUAAGCCUAAAGGAGCGGUUCAGCUUUCUCUCAUCCUAAACGGCUCAGCUGGCAUGGGCUUCAUGUUCCUCUUCUUCCUCGGCUGUGACAACAUGAGACUUGCCGGUGCCACCCUACCCUAUCUCAACGGUUCCGGUCAUCAAAUCUUUGAGGCGAACUUCACUGCGACCUGCAACAAAGGAUGCUUGUGUUCGCCAAAUGAUGUCUCUCUAAUCUGUGGCACAAAUGGAAUCACCUAUUUUUCACCAUGCCACGCCGGUUGUCGUGAUUUCUAUGGUUCUUUUUCUCAGGGAGUUAUAAAUAUGACCUAUACGCAAUGUUCUUGUAUCCUGCCAAGCCAGUCCCUCUCACGUGAUGUUUAUAUGUCGCCAAUGGCAACCAGUGGUCCAUGUAAAGAUGCCUGCCGUACAUUACUGCCGUUCAUGUUUAUGCUGUUUGUUAUGACACUGACAGUCUCCGGGACGCAGAUGCCGUUGCUAAUGGUUACCAUGAGAUCUGUGGCUGAAGAAGAACGUGCGUUUGCCCUCGGGAUGCAGUUUGUUGUCCUUAGAUUGUUUGCAUAUAUUCCUGCCCCCAUCCUCUUUGGCAAUAUCAUUGACACAACAUGCCUGCACUGGAAGCAUCAGUGCGGGGAGCCAGGAUCCUGUUUGAUAUAUGAUAUUGAAGCAUUCAGAUAUAAAUAUGUUGGUGUGUGUGGAGGGUUGAAGAUAUUGGGUGCUAUCCUCUUUACCGCCGUCUGGUGUUUGAUUUGCCGUGCUAAUAAAGCUGAUUUGAAGAAGACUUCGCCUGUUGGCGAUCUGGUGAAUUCGCUGAACUCGUUACCUGGUGCUGGGGACCAAGGUCAGAGUUGCACCAUUCAUCGUGACAGGACACAGGAAUCUUUUGUGCUCUAUGAGUCAAACAUAUAAGCUUCCAUCACCAAUGCUAGUAUCAAGGUAUAUCGAAAACCCUCCCCUUCAAUGGAUCUAAACCUUUUCAUGUUCAUAUAGAUUCUUAACACUCUCAGCGCCAUCCGACAUUUUUUUCCCAAAAUACCCCACCCCCAGGCCAAUUAUUAGUUCUCUAAAUGCCUCAACAUUAAAACUUCAAAAUUAAACGCCAUCUUUAGGUUGAUAAAAGAACUGAUCAGAAUUAUUUUCUGCGUUGAAAUCAGUUGUAAAAAGAUUCUGACUUCUGGAGUAUUUUGAGGGGGUCAGGGGCUGCUGAAAAGGGGGUCAUUUUGGUCACUUUUUGUCACUUAUCUACCGGAAAAGCAAAACACAGCUAGAGGGGUGUAGGAGUCUUUUCUCUGUUAAUUGAGCAAGCUCUGGUCUUGAGGAAGCUAUUGCUAAAACCCUUAUUUGAUCUUUAUCCCUGUGGGUUUGAAAAGGGGGUGUUUGGGGUCGAAAAGCUGGCUCUGAAAGUAUUAACGGUCAAGAAUCUCGUCACUAUACUGCCAAAACAAUAUGUCAAAGCAAGGCGGAAGAAAACCUGAACCAUGCAACAUGUAAACACGAGCGAAAUUCUAAAACCUGUUUUGUAUUGGAAAGGUUGUCAAAGAUUUACGAAACAACUAAGAGUUAACCUUUUCGCUGCGGCAGCCAUUUUUCAUCCGCCGCCAUGUGCAGACAUUCGAUAACAGCGAUGAACAGCACAGAGGGUGUGACCACGUGCUGGUAAAUUUGUAUUUUAGACGGGCAUGACAAACUAUGCACGUCAUGCGCACAGUAUAGGACCAUGUACAUGACGUACUGUGCACGUCGCCCGCAGUGAAUGGGUUAACCCUUAUAUUGUUCCUCAAGGAAACAUAAAGGAGAGGGAGGGUAUAGAGGUAUGUUGAUACUUUCAUAUGUGCCACGAGGUGGGAGUGGACGUUCGAAAAGUGAGAUUAUUUAUAUGGUCCUGCUGUGGUGUACAUCGGUUACCUCGCACCAAUUUUCAUUGUUACCAGACACCGCUCUGACUGCAGAGUUUCUCUGAACAUUUUUACGCAUAGAAUUUCUGUCUUGAAGUAUUUCAGUGCUUUCUUGAUGUGAUGAAGUCUUGAAAUUUCCACAGAUGAAUCAUUGAUUUAAUUUUAGUACAGUCGAACCUCUCUAUUAAGGACACCCUUUGGACUGACAAAUGUUGUCCUUAUUAGGAAGGCGUCCUGAUUACAGAGGUUCAAUUGUAUUGAAUCAACCUAUUUGGGAACGAAAAUAAUGUUCCUUAUAGAUAGGGUGCCGUGCUAAGAGUGGUCUCCUCUAAGGGAGGUACUUCUAUAAAUAGAACAUGUGGAAGCGGCAAAAAUAGGAUUUUACCACCUUAAUGAGUGGUUUUCUUACAUUGCAAACAUUUGUGCAUUGCGGUUGUCAGGUAGUCUUCAUGAACCUAGCAACAAGAAAAAAUUUCGGUUUUGUGCGGUGACCUUCUUCUUCCUCUGCACUUCCUCCUCCAAGGCGGGAUGAGCGUUUAAGCGUGCAACUAUGGUUGGGCACCUAUUGAGUGUAUUGGCCUAAUGACUCUGACUGCAGCCAGAGGUUGAGUCCACGCAAACUACUCAUGUUUCUCACUAGGUGGGGUCUUUAACCUGGACACCAGAUACCAGGAACCUCAGUUUUAAGUCUCAUUCAAAGGACUGUGAAGAGCCAGGAAUAUUUGUUCCUUGAAAGCCACGCCGGUUCAUCCAGAAAUACAAUCCUGGGUUCUCCCGGGAUCGAACCCGGGCCCUAUUGUGUGGUAGCCAGCAGUGUUAACCACAAGGCUCCUUUCGUGUGCGGUAACCGAUGUACACUUCCUUAUAGUCAUGUAGUCUACUCAGAGAUACGUCAAUGCGGGUAGCGUUAAACAUAUAUAUUUCUGUGCCUCAUGAGUUGAAUAUUAUAUAUUUUAUGCCGUUGUUGGGUGGUUAAGUGUUUAUAAAGUGAAUAUUGUAUAUCUUAUAUUUGCUAGGCGAAUAUUUUUGCUAAUUUUGCGGUGGUUAAGGAAGUGCUAUUUGAGAUAUGGAAGAUCUAUUAGUGGGUUCAUCAGUAUUUUUAGGCCUAAUCUUCUGGCAGGCGUGAUUCGGGCCAAAAAAUUGUCACCACAGGUUUUUGCACAGCAUGUUGGUGCCCUGCAGAUGUGCAACUUUUGUCACUGCGACCUGCAAUCAUGGUCGCAUGCGACAACAAGAAUCUCUUGUUUGCAGUUGUCAUCACGGGUGCUUGCGACAAGAAUCACGAGAUCAUGGCGUCCUGCAAUCGGUAACAAACCCAUCGAUUAGUAAUGUUACCCGCAAACGAGAUUUAUCUUUUUAUCACUCAUGGCAGCGAUAGUUGUUGCAGUUUGCAGCAAUAAAAAAUGCUUGUUUGCAGUUUCUUUACACACAGUGUGACUCGAGGAAAGUUUUGCGUUCUGCCGCAGGAAAAUUGUCAGUGGUGUGUUCGGUUUUAUCCAAUGGCAUUCUAUAGAUACUGAGUAAGGCAUUCACACCGUGGGUUAAGCGCAGCAUAAAUAUGCAACUUAAAUCACAGCUGUAUGGUAAACAGAAAUGUCAACGGUGCACAAUUUUUUUCAAAUUUUUAACGAACAGCAUUGGCCAUAGACAGCAGCAGAGGGGUUAAUUUGGCCAUCUUCAGGUGACUAAUAUACACUGUAAGGGCACUGGGUUAUGUCAGAUUCAACACUAAAUAUAUUCCUCGUACAAGCGUGAAUCAUUUUGACGUACUGUGAGAUGUGAGAAACCCCUAUUGGCGACUUUGUGUAACUUUAUCUUGCCUGCCUAGCUGCUGCCUAUAUUGUCCCUUUAAGGUGGGUGUGACUUCACUGAAUGCUCCAUGGAAAGGUGCUGAUACAGAUAUUCUAGUUCCUCGUAUAAUGUUAUGUUUAUGAAGAAGGGGGUGGGGAAGGGGAUUACUCUCCCGAAGACUAAAUCCAAAUUAUAAAUUAUUAUAUUCAUAUUAGAAUAUUUUUGUGCAUAAAUCAAAUCAAAAAGUAAUGAAAGUGUGUUGAUGAAAUGAACCUAGUUAAGUGAGUAUGUUACACACAUCAUAUCCAAGGCCUACAGUGAAAAUGUAAAAAUAGAUUUUUUGUGUCCAUUAGUUUGCUGCAUUAGCUGAUGAAAGCAGAUUAUUUAAUCGAUUUUAACGAAGGACAUAGGUCUUUUAAGGAAACCUAUCACGAAACGUUUAUAAAAAUUAGGAGUUUUGAACGGCCCGGUUAAAACCUAAGGCGGGAAUAAGCUUCCAUUGAUAAAUCUUAGCAGUAUCAAGUUUCCCUCAGGUAGUUGAUUAUGCGAGCUGGGCAUCUGGGUAACAUUGCAUAACGUUGCAUAACAUUACUGACUCCAGUCACUGAACUGCAUAAGAGGUAAUCACCAACUUAGUUAUUUUUACUACAUUCAGCUAGUCUAAAUAAAGAUUUAGUGCCACGACUGGAUCUCUUUAAUGCAGACUGCACUUUAUGACUCAUAACAAGAGAUUUUGUAUUAUUACAUGUCCGUAUCCCAAUUUCUGUAUUAACAGGUGCUGUUUCCAUGGUAACUGUUAACUAGUCAGUACAUGCAGGAUCAAUAGGACGCUUGUCAUUUGGUUCUGCUCAAGGCACAAAAAAGGUGUGAUAUGGUGAUUUUUCUUACUCCCAUGACCGUGACAUUUUGGCAAAUCUGCACAUGAUACUUACUGCAAAUCUGCACAUGACAUUACGGCAAAUCUGUGCUUGACAUUACAGCAAAUCUGUGCUUGACAUUACAGCAAAUCUGUGCUUGACGUUACGGCUAAUCUGCGCAAGACAUUACAACAAAUCUGUGCUAGACAUUACAACAAAUCUGUGCUAGACAUUACAGCAAAUCUGUGCUAGACAUUAUGGCAAAUCUGUAAUGGACAUUACAGCAAAUCUGUGCUAGACAUUAUGGCAAAUCUGUAAUGGACAUUACAGCAAAUCUGUGCUAGACAUUAUGGCAAAUCUGUAAUGGACAUUACAGCAAAUCUGUGCUAGACAUUACGGCAAAUCUGUGCUCAGCAAAUCUGUAAUGGACAUUACGGCAAAUCUGUGCUCAGCAAAUCUUUGCUAGACAUUACAGCAAAUCUGCACAAAAAAAACUUUCAGCAAUAAGAAGUGCCCCGCAAAUGAACAUUUUAAGUCACUGCGACCUACAAUAUAUAUUGCAUGCAACAAAAAUCGCUUGUUUGCAGUGACAAAUAAUGGUGAUCUCAGCGACUUUUUAUCUGUAUCAAACGCGUGAUUGCAGCUUGAUCCCUGUGACAGGUCAGUGACUGAUCACUUGAUCAGUCUUUGAGAAGCUAUUUCAGAUGACCUUAUGCAGCUAUUAUAUCUCCAAUAGGAUCUUUUCUCUGGCUCUGGGGGUCUGAAUUUAAAUUAAAUGAAAUUUUAUUUCAUUUUAACUCAGAAAUACAAAGAUUACAAGUGACAUACAAUUUCCAGGGUUGAGGCACCAAAUGCAUUAUUAGCCCUGGAUCACAAAAAAAUAAUUACAAAAGAUACUUUAGUUUCUCACUCCUAACGUCCAGCCAGAUCUUUACAUUCUAGGCCUUGUAAUGGGGUAAUUUUUAGGCCUUCUAUAGCUGCGCUUACACCACGAAAUAUUGGUGGACCAAUUGCACUUACACCACCACAUUGCCGCGACAAAUUGGUUCGGCAAUCCAUUGCCGAUACAAAUUGCCGAGCGAAUUUGUCCCACCAAGCUUGAUGGUCCAAAUUCGCCCGGCUUGUUAAAAGCUCGGCAUUGUCGUGGUGUAAGCGCAAAUGGAUCGGCAAUUAGCUAGUUAGAUGGUUCGGCUCCAGGCGGCGCUUUCGAAAUGGCGCUUUCUGCCUAGGCUUUCUGCGUUCUGCUUAUUGUUUGCGCGCCAUCUGUAGCCGGAUUUUAUAACUAGCUACAGCGCUGGUGUAAGCGCUUGGUGGAUUUUCGAUGGUGCGGCAUUGGUUCCCGAACCAAGAUUGGUGGUCCAUUUUCAGGUGGUGUAAGUGCGGCUAUUAUUGCCAUUGAGGCUGCUGGUCAAUCAGGUAUAGGCCUGAAGAAACUCACUCCCGCCGUGGGCCUACCAAAAUGUACACAUACACUAGCUUACUACAGUGGACGUUGGUUGUGCGAAACUAGAGUAGAAUAUGGACAAGGUAAGUGGUCUGAAUUUGGGGGGUUCUGGCCAUGGAAGUGUUAAAGGGGUGCACCGUUCAUGAUUACUGGUGGUCCAGUUGAAGAGAAAUCCACUACUACACAAUGCCGUAGUGCAGAUAUUAUGAAUACGAAUUUGUUGAAAGUUUGUAUUUAUAGUAUUUGUAUAUAUGUCUACAAAAAGGCAAUGCUGAAAAUUAUAUUCAGCAUGUAUUAACCCAAUUGAAAAUUUUCAAAUUCAAUUACAAAUUCAACAUUUUUAACGAACAGCGUAGGCCUUUAAACAUUCAGAAAAUGUGGUGCAUAUUUCAAAUAUAUCAUGAUAGCCUGAUCGCAGUGUUCAGCGAAACAAGGCUCUAACUUCUCUGGACUGUUAGCCAUUGAUAAAAAAAAUUUCAUUUGUGGCAACAUUUUGGGGACGGAGUGAAAAUUCUUUCAUCCUUAUGAACUUGGUGCUAAAAUCACAUUAUAAAAAAGUUCUGACAAAACUAGUUUCACAUCUACCAGAAACCGACUUUAAUCACGAGAAUAUCCCAUACAAAUUCUAGUUAUUUUAGUUCAACAACUAGCCACUAGGUUGCAAAAACCUACUCCAUUCAGAGCUGCCACCUUUUAGUGAAAUCGUGAACUAAAACUUUGUUUCAGUUCAGCUUAAUAGUUGACAGGAUUUUCUGGUUACCAAUGUCAGUGGGCCUAUAUCUGGUUUUGGCGCAACUAUUUUUGCGAGAUUUUUUUGUUUUAUGUGAUGUACCUUACUUAUCGUGAUCAUGCACUUUUACUCUGCCCCUGAAUGCUGUCAUGAAUUCAGUUCUGAGUAGGCCUAUAUAUUAGACAUCCACAUUUUGCAGGGCUUGACAUUUGAGCUUUUGCUGAGACUUGUGUGCUGAGUGUGUCGACAGUAAAAGUUAUCAAAUCCGUUGGUGCAUUUAUCACAUAUCUUAUAUUUCUUCAAGGGAAAUGGUACUAUCACAACUUUAAGAUGUAUGUACAAGUUAUGAGACUUUCGAAUUUGUAAAGUGCCUUUGAUAUUACUCUUUUUUCACCCCGUAUGAGAAAGAGCCAGUCCAAGUCACAAUUACAUGCCUUCUGCUUUGCAUCAGUUACGUGCGACAUUUACGUCGCGAUGUCUGUCACGCACCAGUGACGCACUUAUCGCUAUUUGUAUCGUGAAGGUUGUGAGUAUAUUACGCACGCCUUAAACGCGACCUACUGGCUUGCGUCAGUGGCACGCUACUGACAUGAUUUAAGGGAUGUCAAUUUUGAUUUGGACUGUAGGUGAAUUUAAGAACUUAAAAUAAAAUCACUUUCAAAUGGCUUUCCAUAGUUUUGGUAUCAUUGAGCAUGUGCGGUGUUUAUACAGGUGAAGUUUACGUUAUAGUCACAUGAGAAAGAGCAAGGUGAAUUUAAGGACUUGCAUUCAUAUUCAAAUGGUUCAGAAGUUUGAGAAUGUUAGGUAUUCAUAAGGGUGCUGCCUGAGAAAGCCAAGUGAAUUUUAGAACUAAGUUUUUAACAAAUUCCAAUGGUGCAAUAGGAGUGCUGUCUGUGUUAAGUCACUAAAUGGUGGCCCAGAAUCAUUUUCCCUAGGUCACAUGAUUUGGAAACAGAGUAUUGUACAUUUUACAUGUAAGCUGUACAAUAACCUGUUUCAAAAUCACGGGACACGGAAAAUAAUUCUGGGCCACCCUGUAGAGAAUGAACGAGGGGAAUUUAAGGACCUACAUUUUUUUGAAGGUUGACCGUCAAAUGGUUCAAUAGUUUAUUGAAUGUGUGAAGUGUUUAUAAAGGGUGCUGUUUGUGUUUAGUCACUAGAGAAAGAAGCAGGCGAAUUUAAGGACCUACAUUUUUUUAAAGGUUCACUUUCAAACGGUUCAGUAGGUUUGGUGUCAUUGAGUGUAUAAAUUGUUCGGCACGUCAUUCAGUGUCACGUGAGGUAAAAUAAUUUUCAGCAUUUCAUGGCAUUAUUAUACCUAUGAUGUGAUCCAUGAUGUGAAAUUGCAAAUGGUGGCCAUCAAGUUUUAACUUGCGAAAUCGGCGAUAAAAAACAACAUAUUUACGGCAAUUUACGCCAGGAUCAACCUGAUCAAGGAGUAUGGUAUAAUCAGGUUUUGCUGGUCAUGACAGAGUUAGGGGUAGACUUGAAAACGCAAAAGAUGAGAGAAGUUAAAUUAAAAGCACGUCUGCUUCAGACGAGGUAUGACCGUGGACUGACGUAAGUCGUCAGAGCAGAAUCUUUUCACUGCAUGGGUUUGUUGUAGAGCUAGCAUCAGUCUGUUACGGACGUGACGGCGAGGUGGGAUGCGACAUGGGUGUGACGUGUCGUCCCGCCAAGAUGUGGUUGUGAGGGGGUGUUACACGUGGUCGUUUGUUGCCAACCUGCGCCCACAGAAAGAAAUACACGUUUUCGGCGUCUCAUUGAGCCUCAUCAGAUACCAGAGAAGUGAUGUAUGAGACACAGGUUCGCCUGAUCAGGUACAAUCAGUGAUAGUCAUCAAUUAUAGUCACCAGAGGUUAAGCUUGUGUCAAAGCCCUGCAUUUUGUGUGGUCGGAUUAUAAGAAACUUGUAAGAUAAUGUCGUCGUUCGUGUUGUCCAAUAGAAAUUGACAAGGCGUCCAUGUGAUGCUAAAGUUCCUUGAGUAGAACCCUGAGUUACAGCAGGCCUUUCAUGCAUUUCAGUUUUUCCUCAAAAUUAUUUUUUCCCUUAACCCUCACGGUGCCUUUUAGACAAACGUCCACUUUUUGAUAAUUGAUGCGCCUAAUAGACGUUCGAUGUACGUCCACAUUUGAUAUAUGUGACCCGCUCUACCGAAACUAGGCGCUUGUCGCAUCUGAACUUGACAGAUUG